AUGGCAAUGAGGCGUUGUGAAGAUAUGGAUACUCAACACAGCCAGCCGCGGCUCUCCGAUCAGAUGCAACAGAGCUGGGAGAGCGGAGACUUCUGGGUGGUGUAUGCGAUUUUGCAUAGCUUUGCGUUUGAUGUGAUCUACUGGCAGAAGAUCGACCGGCGCUUCUUUGGGCCUACGGAUACGGACGAUCCCAGCGAGGCAUGGAAAGAGCGGUUGAACCUGCUAGAUGAGAAUGAAAAGGUUGAGAUGGAACGGCUAGUGACGAGGAAGCUUGAGGAGAUGGAAGACAGGGUCUUGGCGUGGGACCCAGAUGAGUAUACUGAAGCAUUUCGUCUGGAGUUGAUAAGAAGGAGAGAGGAAAAAGCGAACGAGUCCAAGGAAUUUGACCAAGAACCGGAGUGA